AAACAGGAAGUCCCCGGUGUCUCUGAACAGCUCGCGCUCUUUGCGUGCACUCAUUCACAUCUGCGUGUCACCGACCCACAUCUGUCUGUCUGUUAUUCUUCACUUGUGAAAGGUUAUAGUUAAGACCUGUCGGCUGAUUCUGUAACCAGUGCGGAACUUUUCCUGUCUUUUUAUUUUUAAUUAUUAUUGUUAUUAUUAUUGUUAUUAUUAUUUCCGUUAUAGUUAGGUUUAGGAGCAUUUCAACCGGGUUAAAAAGGACGAAACCUGUUCCUCAAUGAAUAGUGAUUGUGAAAAUAAUUCUGUGGUCUUCGCUGCUGCAGGCGGCCAGGACGAGCUGGACUUUCCUUUCCCUCUGUUUCUUUAUGGACAAACUGGAAAUGACACUCCACACGAUGACCAGGCAGAUGAGCUUGGCGCUCUGUCACACCUCGAUGCUCAUCCAAGCACGUCCAAUAGUGACCAGGCCCACGCCAUAUACAGCGAGCUGUCCCUCCAUCAGCCUUCCUAUAAUCCUCCAUCUUCUGAGGACCUCCUGACCUGUCAUCACCCUGAUCUGCGAGAUCUUCUCAGUCAUUCACUCUCAUCCCAGGCUAGCCCUCGCAUUGAGAUCACCUGCUCCGAGCUCCACCACCAGCACCGUGAGCACGUCCAAACCGCACCAGUGGAUAUCAAUCGGCGUCUAGCUGUGCCUCCGUAUCAGAACAUCCUGUAUCGGGAGAACCUCAGCCCAGCAAGCAGCACUUCCUCCAGCUGGCACUCGGAGGUGUAUUCACCCCAGCCCUCGCCCUGUGUUUCUCCCAGUGCUUCAGGAGGUGCAGGUUUAGCUGCAAUGACCGUGGCUGAGUUGUGCCCGAGGCUCCAGGCCAUCCAUGCAUCUGGUUCGCCCCGUACUUCCCCAACUACAUCUCCACGCACCAGCAUCACAGAGGAGACUUUCCUGAACUGCAGGCCUUCAUCUUCCUCCUCCUCACGGCCAGGUUCGCGCUCCACUUCUCCUCAGGGAAAACGCACUUACGAGCAAUACCAGAACCCUGCCCUGGUUGUCCCACGCUCUCGAAGCCCAUCUCCUCAUGCAGUGCGAGAAGAGUUGCUUGAGCCUUGUAGACCAACAAGUAACCUCGAUGAAUUUGUAGACAGCCUCAACAGGCCCCUGGCUAAACUAGUGCCCACAAAGAUUGGACGACCUAAUCAGGAGUACUUGGUCUACAGCCAAACGGAGCAUGCCGUGUUCCCUGAAGUGAAGAGGGAACCCGUAAUGGAACCACUAUAUGUCUUGCCAUCCAUUGGUUGGCCCAAUCAGAUGCCCACAGCCAUGCGCAGCAUGUCGUUGGCAUCCCUGCCUGCUCUGGAGUGGAUGCUUCCCAGCAGCACAGAGCAAUACGAGCUGAGUAUAGUGGUUCAGCCCAGACAGCAUCACAGAGCCCACUAUGAGACUGAAGGCAGCAGAGGAGCGGUUAAAGCAGUGUCAGGAGGACAUCCUGUGGUUCAGUUGCACGGGUACAGUGGGCGAGAAGCUCUGGCACUGCAGGUCUUCAUCGGAACAGCUGACGAGAGAGCCGUGAGGCCGCAUGCCUUUUACCAGGUCCAUCGUAUCACCGGCAAAACCGUCACCACCAGCAGCCAUGAGAGAAUGGUGAACGGAACCAAGGUUCUGGAGCUGCCACUGGAACCUAAAGACAACAUGCGGGCAGUUGUGGACUGUGCUGGGAUCCUGAAGCUGAAGAACGCCGAUAUCGAACUGCGGAAAGGUGAGACAGACGUGGGGCGGAAGAACACGCGUGUGCGGCUGGUCUUUCGUGUCCACGUGCCUCAGCCUGGAGGCCAGUGGCUUUCUCUCCAAGCGGCCUCACAUCCCAUCGAGUGCUCUCAGAGAUCUGUCCGGGAAUCUCCAGGCGUGGAGAGGCAGGAUUUGGACCAUUGCUCGGUGCUGGGAGGACUGCAGAUGAUCCUGACUGGUCAAAACUUCACCUCUGAGUCCAGGGUGGUGUUCACUGAGAAAACCCAAGAUGGCUUGGAAGUAUGGGAAAUGGAAGCUACAGUCAACAGAGAAAAAAGUCAAGCAAACAUGCUGUAUGUGGAAAUUCCUCCAUAUCGAGACCCCAACAUCUACCACCCAGCCAAAGUCAACUUCUAUGUGGUGAACGGGAAGAGUAAGCAUAGUCAGCCACAACACUUCACCUACAUGCCUCUCCCAGUUCCACUGAUCAAGGCCGAGCCGGUGGAUGAGUAUCAGUAUGGACAGCUUGGCUGUGGUGUCUCCCAGGUCUUAGGUGUGUCUCCACAAUCAUGCCAUCACACUGCCCAGCUCCCUAGCAGCUGCUCUGCUAUACCAUGCCAGGUUUCCCAGAGGACCAGCAGCCCUACCCUGUACCCACCAGCCUCGGAGUACCAGCUCCAUCAGCCAUCAGCCCUCUACCAGAGCCAGGUGGAAGGCCUCAGCAGCAGCCCUGCCCACUACCAGCCUCUCAUGGAUCACCCGGCUGCAUCUGCAGUGCAGCCCAUCUGCUCAGGUCAGGUACCUGCCAUUGGGCCAAAUCCAGGUUCUCAUCUGAAACCCAACAGUUACCAGCACAUCAUAGCUGGGCACAACUACCAGGCUGGGGUCUCUGUGUUUCCAGGCCUGGAUGUGGCCAAUCAGAGAAGCUUUGGGCAGAAAGCAGCUCCUCCAGUGCAGAGCUACAAUCAGCAGCAGCCUGUGGAGCAUCAGAGAACUAGCAGUCCUGUACGAGUCAAGCAGGAGAAUCUGGACCAAGCUUACCUGGAUGAUGUGAAUGAAGUGAUCAGAAAAGAUCUUACAGUUCAUCCCGGUGAUCAGUGACGACUAGAUCUGACAAUCAGCAAAUCUUCUUCCAAGAGGCAGACAUAACCUCUGGACAACUCAUCAGCCUCCACGGAUUCUUUACAUCAUAUCAGUGUGUUUUAAAGGGGUGGUGAUUGUUAGUUACAAUAAUGAUUUCUGACGAUCAUAUAACUAGUAAGAAGUUAGGAGAAAGAUAUUACCUUUAAAUUUAAAGGAUUGCUAACAAAAUAUAUUAUCUUGCAAGUUAGUAUCUACAGCCAGUUUUGAAUUUGGGGAAAGGCACUAGCUUCCUUAGCUAACGCAGAGCGAAUAAAGGCUUCUGCUAAGAAUCCAAAUAUCUGGCCAUCGUUAGCAAUAGCAAACCCGAAUUACUUAUUCGACAGAAAUUCGUCAGAUGAGCUUUCUUUUUAGUUCCCGUUGCAUAGCGACAUGCAGAUGUACAUGUUCAAGAUGGAGCGCUAGCUCAAACAAGAACCCCCACAGAGAAAACGAUGAUUUGUAGUGGGUACAUUUAACAAGUGAUAAUGUUAAAGCCCUAGACCUAACUACAACAAGUUAGCUUGGCAGAUACAGUUAGGUUAGUUUGCUAUUUUACCUCAGUUUGACUUCUCAUUUGUCUUGACGCUGAGAGAAUCAGUAACUUGCCCUUUUUUGUCUGGAAUAUAGAUGGAAAUGUAGUUCUCCAGAAUUUUACAUGGUGGAUAUCCCAAAAGCUUUUUAGAUUCAGUUUCUCAGUCUGCUGAAGUUUUUGCUACAGAUCUAUCGAUGUAAAUAUCCAUAAUUUUUCCUCGACCGUGUUAACGUUUCCUUUAGCUGCUAACAAUUUUAGUCCUUUCAAAGUCCUUUCUGUAGAAAGUUGUAGAAAACGGCACCUUAAUUAGUUCUCAGGUACGCUGCACUCUGCUAGUAUUGAAAUGAAAUGAACAGUAUGAGGUGCAAGCACUAUAUGACUAAUGCUAGCUACUAGUCAGGAUCAAGUGCUUGCCAUGAGAUUUCCUGUUGAUUGUACGUCAUGUAAGUGUAACACAUCCUGGGUGUUGGCAGAAAAUUGAUGGACAUUAAAAAAAAUCAUAAAAUACAUGAUAGAAAAUUGAGGUGCAAUACCAUCCUAGAAAAUACUACAAACCACGACAAUAUGACAAUGCCGGAAUGCUCUUUUAGUCAGCAGUUAUUUUCCGUGAAUAUGUCAUUUAGUUUGAUUUGAAUUUCUAACUUGCAAGAGAAAGUACAACGAUGAAAUAUCGAUCAGUUAAAAUUUUACCCUGGUAUCUUAUUUCACAGAUGUUAUUUUGCAAUGCUUAGGAUGAGCAUUUUAUGAAUAUGUAUUUAUGAUUGUACAUUGAAUACAAAUAAAAUUCUCUGUAUUAUAUAAA